AUGUCUCAAAUAAUAAGAAAUAUUGUUAUCACACCAGUGGCAUUCCAUGAUAUGCCACUGCUCAAUAGCGUCGGUGUGCAUGAGCCAUUUGCCUUGCGCAGUAUCAUCGAAAUCAUUACCGAUUCCACAUAUGGCUUGGGGGAGUCAUAUGGCGACUCGGCUCACUUAGCCCGCCUGGAAAAAGCAGCCGAGGGCAUCAAAGGUCUCUCUGUGUACGAUACAAAUGCCAUCUAUCGAGUGUGUACCACCUCCUUAGCGGGCGACACCACCACCGGGGGCGAUGGGAUGGCUGGCAUGGUCACCACAGCGUCUGUUGUCGACAAAGUCUUCUCGCCAUUCGAGGUUGCCUGUCUCGAUAUCCAAGGGAAGAUAGCCAAUCUGCCAGUAAGCGACUUACUGGGUGGACGAGUAAGAGACUCAGUUCAAUACUCCGCAUACCUCUUUUACAAAUGGGCCGGACAUCCAGGCCAGCCAGAUGACGAAUAUGGCGAAGCUCUAGACCCAGCCGGUGUGGUCAAGCAAGCAAAGAAAAUCAUCGACGAAUAUGGGUUCAAGGCCAUCAAGCUCAAGGGUGGUGUUUAUCCGCCUGCACAGGAAGUCGAGGCAAUCAAGGCGCUGCAUGCUGCGUUCCCGGGUGUGCCUUUGCGACUUGAUCCUAAUGCAGCUUGGACCGUCGAGACUUCGAAAUGGGUUGCUCAGGAGCUGGAUGGGAUCGUUGAGUACCUGGAAGAUCCAGCCCCUGAGAUCGAGGGAAUGGCGGCCGUUGCCGAAGUAGCAUCCAUGCCUCUCGCUACCAACAUGGCUGUUGUUGCAUUCUCCCAUCUCCCGCCCUCGGUAGCACAGAAUGCAGUGCAAGUGAUCUUAUCCGAUCACCACUUCUGGGGAGGUCUGCGUAAGUCACAAACAUUAGCAGCCAUCUGUGCAAUUUGGAAUAUGCGAUUGUCUAUGCACUCCAAUAGCCACUUGGGAAUCUCACUGGCCGCCAUGACACAUUUGGCUUCUGCGACCCCGAAUCUGGAUUAUGCUUGCGACACUCACUGGCCAUGGAAGCUUCGCGAUGAAGAUGUGAUUGUCGAUGGUGCACUCAAGUGGGCCGAUGGUGGUGUUAUUGUGCCCACCGCGCCAGGCCUUGGAGUCGAGUUGGACAGGAAAAAAUUGGCACAACUUCAUCAGCAGUACCUUGAUUGUGGAAUGACGAAGAGAGACGACACCACAUACAUGAAGAAGUUCCGGCCCGAGUUCUCGCCGCAUAUUCCAAGGUGGUGA